AUGACUAGAACUAGUUAUAGCAAUAGAAUUAUCAAGCUCUUGUUCUUCAUUAUUUCUUUCUUGCAUGCUGCUUCUGCUCUUACCUCUGAUGGCUUCACUCUCUUGUCACUCUUGAGAAGCUGGACCUUUGUACCUCCUCCCAUCAACUCUACCUGGAGGGCUUCUGAUUCCAAUCCAUGUUCAUGGAUUGGUGUUCAAUGCGACCAAAACAACCAUGUGGUUUCCCUUAACCUCGCUGCUCAUGGUAUUUUUGGUCAACUUGGACCACAAAUUGGAAACCUUUAUCAUUUGCAUACCCUUCUGUUGUUGGAUAAUGGUUUCUCAGGAAAAGUGCCUUCUGAGUUAAGCAACUGUAGUUUGCUCGAGAAUCUAGACCUUUCUGGGAACAGAUUCAUUGGAAAUAUACCAUAUAGUUUGAAUAAGUUGCAAAAUUUGCGGUUUUUGAGAUUAUCUUCCAAUCUGCUGACUGGUGAUAUUCCAGAUUCUUUAUUUGAAAUUCAAUCUCUAGAAGAAGUGAAUCUGCACAGUAACCUUCUUAGUGGCCCUAUCCCAACAAAAAUUGGAAACUUGACUCAACUAUUCAGAUUGUAUCUAUAUGGUAAUAUGUUCUCAGGGACUAUUCCUUCAUCCAUUGGUAAUUGCAGUAAACUACAGGACCUUGAAUUGUCUUUCAAUAGUUUGAGAGGCGAAAUUCCGGUAAGUAUAUGGAGAAUUCAAAGUCUUGUGCACAUCUUGGUUCACAAUAAUAGUCUCUCCGGGGAACUACCUGCCGAGAUGACAAAUCUCAAGUAUCUAAAAAACAUCUCUUUGUUUGAUAAUGAGUUCUCAGGAGUCAUACCUCAAAGCUUGGGAAUCAACAGCAGCUUAGUGAAGUUGGACUGUAUGAAUAACAAAUUCAGUGGUAAUAUCCCACCCAAUCUUUGCUUUGGAAACAAUUUGUUACUCCUCAACAUGGGAAUCAAUCAACUUCAAGGUGGCAUACCUUCUGAUGUAGGAAGAUGUGAAACUCUGAGGAGGUUGUUUCUCAAUGAAAAUAAUUUCACCGGGUCUAUUCCUGAUUUUGAAAGUAAUCUGAACCUGAAUUACAUGGACAUUAGCAAGAACAAUAUCAGUGGACUGGUUCCAUCAAGUUUGGGAAAUUGCGUAAAUGUCACAUACAUUAAUUUGUCAUGGAACAAGUUUGGAGGGCUCAUACCAUCAGAUCUUGGUAGACUGGUGAAUCUUGUGGUUUUCGAUCUUUCUCACAACAACUUGGAAGGUCCGUUGCCUUCUCAGCUGUCAAAUUGUACUAAAAUGGAUCAUUUUGAUGUAGGGUUCAAUUUCCUAAAUGGAUCUCUCCCGUCAAGUUUGAGAAAUUGGACAGUCCUAACCACAUUGAUUUUAAGAGAAAAUCACUUCACAGGAGGUAUCCCACAGUUUUUGGCAGAACUUAUAAACAUUCGCGAGUUACAACUUGGUGGAAAUUUGUUUGGUGGAAAGAUCCCUCGAUCGAUGGGGAGAUUGCGCAAUUUGUUCUAUGGAUUAAAUAUGAGUGCUAAUGGAUUGACAGGUGGCAUUCCUUCAGAAAUUAUGAAGCUAAGGCAGCUGCAAAGUUUGGAUAUAUCUUUGAAUAACUUAACUGGAAGCUUAGGUGCUCUUGAAGCUCUUGGUUCAUUGAUUGAGGUCAAUAUUUCUUACAAUUUCUUCAAAGGUUGUGUACCACCAAGCCUAAUGAAGUUAUUGAAAUCCUCACCAUCAUCAUUCAUGGGUAAUUCUCUCCUAAGUCUAAAUUCAUGUGUCGAUAAAUCACAGAAAUCUACUUAUCAUAAAGGUAUCAAUAUUAGUAAUGUUCAAAUUGUGAUGAUAGCAAUUGGAUCCUCAAUAUUGAUUUCUUCUGUACUGGUAAUAAUAAUUCAAAGGUGUCUUCUUAGAAAGGAAUCAGGUAUGGAGUAUGAUCUAAAACAACAGUAUUAUAUUGAUGGAGGAGCUGGAAGGAUUGGACUUGGAUAUGUUCAUGAAUUCAAUAGCUCAGGUAAGUCAUUCUCCCUUAAGAAUCUAGUGUUGCAGGCUACGGAGAAUCUAAGUGAUCAGUAUAUUAUUGGCAGAGGAGCACAUGGUAUUGUGUACAAAGCUAUGAUUGGUGAACAAUUUUGUGCUGUAAAGAAGUUUGAAUUUGGAGUGAACAAGAAAAAGCGGUUAAAUAUCAUGCGCAACGAAAUUGAACUCCUUGAGAUCUUUAGACAUCGAAACCUGAUCAAAUCCGCUGGCUACUGGAUUGGAGAUGACUAUGGUUUAAUCUUCUAUAAGUUCAUAGAAAACGGAAGCCUUUAUGAUGUUUUGCAUGAAAAGGAACCCCCACCACCCUUAUCGUGGAAUGUUCGGUUUAAUAUAGCUGUUGGAAUUGCUCAAGGACUAACUUAUCUGCACUAUGAUUGUGUCCCACCAAUAUUGCACCGGGACAUCAAACCAAAGAACAUACUUGUUGAUGAAAACAUGGAGCCUAUCAUUGCUGAUUUUGGCACAGCCCUAUGCAUGAAGGUGUAUGAGGAUUCUUAUAGUCAUUCUGAAACUAGGAAAAUGCUUUCAUCGCGGGUUGUUGGUACUCCAGGCUAUAUUGCACCAGAGAAAGCAUUUGAUAUAGUGGCGGGAAGAAAGUCUGAUGUAUAUAGCUACGGAGUUGUUUUGCUUGAGCUAAUAACUAGAAGGAAAUUAUUAGUCCCCUCUUUGUAUGAUGAGUCGGUGGAGACUCACAUAGUGACCUGGGCUAGAUCUAUAAUGAUGGAAACUGGCAAAAUUGAAAACGUUGUUGAUCCGUACCUUGUGAGUGCAUUUCCCAGUUCAAUAGCACUAGUGAAGCAAGUCAAUGCAGUACUUUCAUUAGCAUUACAAUGCACAGAGAAGGAUCCGCGAAAGAGGCCAACCAUGAAAGGUGUUAUAGAAUUUUAUAAUAAGAGCUUGUUUAAGUUGAGGUGUGAUGAGGUGCAAUAUUGUGAUGGAUCUUGGUGGUUUCAAGUACUACAACUAUGA